AUGACGACGACAAUGCCUCUUAAACCACCACAGCCGCUACAGCAAAUCCUCGCCGCGGACGAUAUCAUCCCCACGAUCCAACGCGUCCUGGCCGCGCAGACCGCCGUCCGGGACGCCGUAACCAGCACCGUCGCGCCCGCGGACGCGCGGUACGCCAACGUGAUCGCCCCGCUGCAGGCGGUCGACGACGCGAACCAGGGCGCGACGGGCGUCUUCACCAUGCUCCGCUACUCCGGGCCCGACGCGGCCACCCGCGCGGCCGUCGAGGAGGCGGCGGGUCUCUGGGCCGCGGCCGGGGCGGAGAGGUUGAAGAGGCGGGAUGUGUACGAGCUCGUGCGGGCUGUGAGGGAGAGGGGGGAGGUGUUGGGUUACGAGGAGAGGAGUGUGUUGGAGGAUGUGUGGUUGGAGUUUCGGCAUGCUGGGCACGGGGUGCUGGGGGAGGAGGGGAUUGGGGCGUAUUUGGCCCGGAGGGAGAGGAUUGAGGGGUUGAAGAGGGAGUUUCAUAAGAAUUUGAGGGGGGAGGUUGGGGGGUUGUGGUUUGAGGCCGGGGAGCUGGAGGGGGUUCCGAGGCAGGAGGUGGCGGGGUGGAAGGGUGAGGACGGGAAGGUGUUUGUGCCGCUGGAGAGGGCUGCGUGCGAUGCCAUCCUGCGACACGCGGAUGACGCUGAGACGAGGAGGCGGUUUUACGUCGCGUAUGACAACAGGCUGGAGGAGAACGUGCCGGUGUACAAGGAGAUGCUCAUCCUGAGGGACGAGAACGCGCGGUUGUUGGGGUAUCGGAGCCACGCGGAUUUCCGGGUCACGAUGAGGACGGCGCCGUCGACGGAGUGGGUUGAGAGGUUCCUGCUGCGGCUGAGCGAGGAGUUGAUGCCGCAGGGGCGGAGGGAGAUGGCGAGGCUGCGGGAGAAGAAGAGGGCUCAUCUCGGCGGUGGUGGUGAGGAGGAGAUCAUGCCCUGGGAUUACGAUUACUACACCCGUCUCCUCCAGGAAGAGGCCGACGUCGAUCACGAGCUGGUGUCGGAGUACUUCCCGCUGCGACACACGCUGUCGUCCAUGCUGGGCCUCUUCCGCGAGUUUCUGGGCCUCGAGUUCGUGCCGGUGCCGGAGGAGGAUCUUGUGGGCAAGCUCUGGGCGGAGGAGGUCGAGGUCUGGGGGGUUUGGGAGGGGAGGGGGGAGAGGAAGGGGGAGUUCGUGGGGUAUUUGUAUGCGGAUGUUUUGUGGAGGGAGGGCAAGUAUCGUGGGAAUUGCAAUGUGAAUCUGCAAUGCGGUUACGUCAACGGGGACGGUACGAGGGUCUAUCCCGCCACGAUCCUGAUGUGUUCCUUCCAGCCGCCGACGGCGUCGUCGUGCGCGUUGUUGAAGCAUCGCGAGGUCGUGACUCUCUUCCACGAACUGGGCCACGGCCUGCACGACCUCCUCUGCCGGACCAGCCACACGCGGUUCCACGGCACGCGGGUGAAGCCCGACUUCGGCGAGGCGCCCAGCACGAUGCUGGAGAACUGGUGCUGGAUGCCGCGCGAGCUGGCGGCGAUGAGUCUGCACUACACGCGGGCCGACCCGGCGUACAUGGCGAGGUGGAGGGAGGAGCACGCGGGGGCCGAGGUGCCGCCGGAGAAGAUCCCCGAGGAGCUUGUGGGGAGGUUGGCGGAGAGUCGGGAGUUGAAUCGGGCUUUGUGGUUUUUGAGGCAGUUGUUGUUUGCGAGGUUUGAUCUGCAGGUCAAUAACCAGGCGUCUACGGACGCCGUGAGGGAGCUGGACGAGGUGAAGCUGUAUAACGAUAUACAGGACGAGCUUACCUUGAGGCCGAACCCGGAUCGGAGGGGUUUCGGACAUGUCCAGUCGAGCCAUUUGAUCUCGCUUCACGACGCUGGGUAUUAUUCGUAUCUCAGUGCACAAGCCUUCGCCGCAGACUUCUUCGAGUCGACCUUUGCGGAGGACCCGAGAAACGCGGAAGCGUGGGAUCGUUAUCGGCGGGGCAUUCUCGAGUAUGGAGGUAGUAAGAAGGAGAUGGAUAUCAUGACCGAGUUCCUUGGUCGGGAACCGGGGCCGGGGGCGUUGCUGCGGAGUUUGGGAUUGGAUACGAAGGAUGGUGAAUAG